AUGUACACCAAGACCAUCCUUCUCGCCUUGUUCGCGGCCUCGACGGCCUCGGCCGCCGUAAUCAGUGCCCGGCAAGCCAACGGAACCGGCGCAGACUUUGGUCAGUGCAACCCGAGCAUGGACUUCCAAUUUGGGCGCAACGGGCGCGCCGCCGACGAGGGCACCUUUCUCCCGUCGGACCCCCUCGUCGCCCAGGGCCAGUCGGAGGCGCUGAACCCCAACAUCAUCACCAACCGCAUCUGCGACCAGCUCACCAACGUGUGCGGCGCCAACGACGCCGCCAAGGCCCUGUGCGCCGACGCCCAGGCUCAGGUUCAAGCGCUCGGUACCAAGGACGCCACCACUGCGGAUGCUUUCAAUGCUGCGCUGGGCUUUUAA